AUGGACAUAUACGUCCAAACGGCCAGUCCGAUUGUGGAGCAAGUAUUGAAGGGCUACAAUGGCACUAUAUUCGCUUACGGUCAAACCGGCACUGGCAAGACUUACACCAUGGCUGGCAGCAACACCGCCCCUGAGCUACGAGGCAUCAUACCGAACUCCUUCGCACAUAUCUUCAGUCACAUCGCCAGUGCUAAGGAGGAUGAGAAGUUCUUGGUGUGCGUCACGUACUUGGAGAUCUACAACGAGGAGGUUCGCGACCUGCUCGGCAACAACCCUCACCAGAGUCUGGAGGUCAAGGAGAGGCCGGAUAUAGGCGUGUUCGUCAAAGAUCUCACAGGCUAUGUAGUUCACAAUGCGGAUGAAUUAGAGAAAAUAAUGGCAGUUGGCAACAAGAACCGCCAUAUUGGAGCGACGGCCAUGAACACAGAGAGCUCUCGCUCGCACGCGAUAUUCUCCAUCACUGUCGAGAGCAGCAAGAAGGGGGGAGACGGCAAGAUGCACGUCAAGAUGGGGAAACUGCACCUUGUUGAUCUUGCGGGUUCAGAACGCCAAAGCAAGACGCACGCAACGGGCACUCGUCUCAAAGAAGCAACCAAGAUCAACCAAUCCCUCUCGGUGUUGGGCAACGUGAUCUCAGCGCUGGUCGACGGGAAGUCCACUCACAUACCGUACAGGAACUCCAAGCUCACCAGGUUGCUUCAGGACUCGCUUGGAGGCAACUCCAAGACCGUUAUGAUCGCAACCAUCGGACCAGCUGACACAAACUACGUGGAAACUAUAAGCACUCUCCGGUACGCGAACCGCGCCAAGAACAUUGAGAACAAGACGCAUGUCAACAGCGAGCCUGGGGACGCGCUGCUCACUAGAUUCCAGCAGGAGAUUGAUCAGCUUAAGAAACAGCUGGAUGAGUGUACGAAUGAAGAAGUGGAUGAGGAAGGCGAGGAGGAGGAGAUCUCGGACGAGGAGUUGUCAGACGACACCCUGACGGAGCCCGAGCUGGACGCGCUCGACCCGGACGAGAAGAAGAUGCGCCGCAGGAUGAGGCGAGAGGAGAAGGAAAAACUCAACAGGGAGAAGGCCCAUCUUGCCCGCAAAGUUCUAGAAGAGAAGAAAGCAGAACUACAGAGGACCAAAAAACAGCAAGAAGAACUCAAAGACAAGCUCCAACGGCUGGAGUCCAAGGUCCUCGUGGGCGGAGAGAACCUCCUGGACAAGGCUGACGCCCAGCGGCGGCUGCUGGAGCAGGCCGCGCGGGAGCUGGAGCUGAGGAAACUCAACGAGCUGCGCCUGCAGGAAGACCUGCAGAAGAAAGAGGCUGAACGUCUGGAUCUCGAAGAGCGUUACUCUAGUCUUCAAGAGGAAAGUGCAGCCAAGAGUAGGAAGCUGAAGAGAGCUGUGCAACUCCUCAACUCCGCCAAGGCAGAGCUGGCUGACCAGCAGCGGGAACAGCAGAGAGAGAUGGAGGGCAUCCUGGACUCCGUCAGGUCCUUGAAGAGAGAGAUCCAGUUGGCGGACUUGGUCCUGGACUCGUAUAUACCGAAGGAGUAUCAGGCCCUGAUCGAGCAGUACGUCCACUGGAACGAGCAGCUGGGCGAGUGGCAAGUGAAGUGCGUCGCGUACACCGGGAACAACAUGAGCGCGCCUCACCACAGCCCGCAACACACCGCCGCGCAUAAACAUCUAGAGCCCCCGGACCUGUCGGACCGCUACCUGUCGUACAGCGCGGCCCCGGCGGCGCGCGCGGCCUCGCGCCUGCAGCGCCCGCACACGUCCGCGGUCCCGCGCCCGCACACCGCGCUGCGCCAGCGGCAGUGAGCGGGGCGGAGCGAGCUAUGGAACCGGAUGGGGUACCCGAUAAUAAUAUCAUCAUCAUCAUCAUCAUCAUCAUCUUCAGGCGGGCCUGUCGGUCUAGUGGUCACGUCUUAAAUUUUCAUCUCGUGGUUACUGCGUUUAAUAAAGUGUAGCGUAGGUUAAAGCGAGCUGUACGAGGUAUAGAAGUGGAUGGGUCGGCAAUAACUAACUGUAAUUACCAGUUUUUACUGGCACAAUAAGCUUGUGUUGCUUUUCGUGUAGCAACAUUUUAAAAUAAUCAGUAAUAAUAUCCUGUAGGUUGAAAAGCCGCACUACACCAGUGACAGUAAGCUGAAGGGGAACGAGGUAUAGAAGUGGAUGGGUCGACAGUAACUAGCAUAACGUCUAUUUACUAUGAUCACAAAGUCACAGAUAUUAAACGUAAUUGUGGUGUAGAUUGUCUUGUUUUGCUGCAUUUUAGUAGGACUAAUAUUCUAUAUCCGGUAGUGUAGGUUAAGCAGCGCUAUCCGAGGUUUCAAUAUGGAUGGGUGACUUACCAAAGACCUUCCAGUUGCUGCGUUCACUCACCACUGUUAAGACAGUACAAGUCUAGGUUGGGAUUUGGAUGGGUGAUCGUAACUACUUUUAUACCCAGUUACAGCAGUAAAACCUCAUUAAUGCCACUGAUAUCUAAUUAAAGAUAACGUUAAGCUACCUGAGCCGAGGUUUGGAUUUAGAUGGGUAACCGCAUGGUUCCAUUAGUUGCGACACUAUACGUAUUACAUAGCUUUUAGAUGAGGUUUCCUGUAUUCCUUAUUAAUUGCCUUUAAUUAAUAUGCAGCUAAUUUAAAUAUGUGUGAUAUAAUUUUGAGUGUAACUAAAUUAGGGCCGAAUUACAAUGGAAAAAAUUAUACCUUGGUCGGGACUUGAACCUGUGACUCUUGGUUAUAUGCCAGACCCUUUAUCAACUAAGCUACAGAUUACUUACCAAGACUUUGUUUAUUGCAACGUGACACGACUUAUGGUGCAGGUUCAAAUCCUGUCUGAGUAUUGAAUUUUUUCAAAUUGUAAAUUGCAAAUAUUAACUGAUUGGAAGCUUUUUAUGUGUUUUAAAAUGAUAUAGAGUAGUUAAAAUUAGGUAUUCGCAAAUAUACUCCAUCCGUUUUUAGAAAAACCUUUUGACAGUUUGUAAUUUUAACCUUGAGACGGACGAAAAUUAAAGCGAAUUUUCAGCCUAAAGUUGUAUUCACUUUAAAUCGUGUCGGUAAAGUGUUUUGGUAAAUUUUACGACCUGUCAAAAGUUUAUUCCAAAAACGGACAGAGGGUAAACAGCUUUUUUCAAACAUGUAUUCCUAAUAUAAUGACAAAAUUUAGCAAAAAAAAGUAUUUAGAAUUAAAAUAAUGUUUUACUCAUUUUAAUAAUAUUCUAAAUUGUAUUAGAUCGUAGUUAAGCACUCAUAUGACAAAA